UCACUGUUCCAACAAACGACUGCAAGCACUGAGCAGAGAUUUCGCCCGCACAAAUGGCUCAGUUUCAGCUCGACGAAAGCAAGUUCACCUGCUCCAUCUGUCUAGAUUUGCUAAAGGAGCCAGUGACCAUCCCAUGUGGACACAGUUACUGCAUGAGCUGCAUCGAAAGCCACUGGAAUGUAGAAGACUUUAAGACAAUUUACAGUUGUCCCGAGUGCCGACAUACCUUUCAACCAAGACCAGCCCUGAGGAAGAACACGGUGUUGGCAGGUCUAGUCGAAGACCUGAAGAGGACUGGAGGUCAAGAAGCUCCUCAUUCUGAUCGCUCAGCAGGACCAGGAGAUGUGGCCUGUGAUUUCUGCACCGGUAGGAAACUAAAAGCCAUCAAGUCCUGUUUGCAGUGUCUGGUCUCUUACUGUGAGCUCCACCUGCAGCCUCACUAUGAAUCCCUAACCUUCCAGAAGCAUAAGCUUGUGGAAGCCUCUCCAAACAUUCAGGAGAACAUCUGCUCUCUUCACAACAGCACAAAGGAGAUCUUCUGUCGCAGCGAUGAAGAACUCAUCUGUUAUCAUUGCUCAGUGGAAAACCAUCAAGGUCACAAUACCACCUCAGCUGUAAUGGAAAGGACCAGCAAGCAGGAAGAGCUCAGGCUUAACCGGAAACUCAUCCAGGAGAGCAUCCAGAACAGAGAAGCGGAGAUAAAGCUGCUUAAAAUUGAGGUGGAAGCUAUCAACACCUCUGCUGACGGAGCAGAUAGAGACAGUCAGAAGGCUUUCAAUCACUUCCUUCAACUUUUGAAAAUAAGAAUCUCUGAAGUUCAGCAGACCAUCAGAUCCAGCCAACAAACUGAGGUGAGUCGAGCUGAAAAGGUUCAGAAAAAGCUCCAGCAGGAGAUAACUGAUUUGAGAAAGAAAGACCUAGAAAUGGAGAAGCUUUUAAACACCGAGGACAAUAACCAGUUUCUGCUGAAUUUCCCUUUACUGUCCUCAAUCAACACCUCCACAGACCUCCCCAACAUCAAGAGCCGUCCCCUGACGUACUUUGAGAAGCUAACGGCUGCUGUGUUUGAGGUAACACAGAAGUUCCAUGAUGUCCUGAAGCAAGAGUGGACCAAAAUCUCACAGUCUGAAGUGGAUGUUUUACUAGCACAUGAGAAUGAGGAUGCCUUAAAUUCAAUGCUAGCUUGUCAUUUAGCACCCAAUAUAUCUUUAGCAAAUUCCUCUGUUUGCCUGACCCCAGAUGAACCCAAAACCUUACCACCACCAGCUUACUCUUUACAGGGGUCUGAACCCAAAAGGGGAUCCAUCACUUCAUGGCCCAGUCCAGCUCACUCAUCAAAUGAUGACCUUAAGAUAUCACCAGCGACUCCAAUUACCCAAUCACAAAAUGGGUUCUCUGGCUCUUGGGCUCAACUUUACCUGUUCGGACAGGAAUCUGUGACCUCAUGCUCAGAUCUUCCUCGCAUGUCACCGGAGUCUGCUGCUCCCCUUCCCUUGGCUUCAAUUGACCUGUAUACAAAGAAACCCAUGGAUUCAGAGUGUUCUACAGCUUCCUCUUACUCAAAGAAACAUAGUACUUCCCCAUCAGCUCAACCAUCAUCAAAAUCUCCAGAUGACCGUCUACCAUUUGCAAUCAACCCGCCACGCAAAGAGACUUUGCCUUUACACGCUACUCCAGUUUACCUAUCACCACAUGAGCCAAAAACAACAACAGACUUCCUACAAUAUUCCUGCCAAAUCACACUGGAUCCAAACACUAUGAACAAAUCUUUGACACUUUCUGGGGAGAACAGAAGAGUAACUCGUGAGAAGAAAAAGCAGAGGCUCUUUAACCAUGCAGAGAGGUUUGCAGAUCAGUUCCAGGUUCUAAGCCGAGAGAGUCUUACUGGCCGCUGUUACUGGGAGGUGGAGUGGAAGGGGAUGGUUUCAGUGGCCGUUUCAUAUAACAACAUCAACAGAAAAGGACAAGGAAGUGGGUUUGGAGAGAACGACAAGUCUUGGGCUUUAUACUGUCACAAUAACAAAUUCAUACACAACAGCAUGUACACUGUCCUGACAAGCUCUCCAUCAUCCAGAGUGGGAGUGUACCUGGAUUACAAGGCAGGAAUUCUGUGUUUUUACAGUGUCGCUGAAACCAGAACACUACUCCAUAGAGUUGAAACCAAAUUUGCACAUCCACUUCAUGCUGGACUUUGUGUCAGUUCUGGAACUGUUGAGAUACUUCAACUACGGUAGACUAGUUUCUAAAAAGAAAAACAAGCAUUUCAUGAAAAAAUAUCAAAAAUAAACCCCUCACCCUAAUUCACCAAAUCAGGAAUGAAGCUCGAGCUCAACAGGAUCCUAACCACUGGAGUGGGACAUCUGACUCCUGAAAGUCUUUUGAGCUUCAUAGGUUGUACCGCUGAACCUCCAUGAACUAGACUUGACUUUUCCUUCCCAUCUACAUUUGCUUGAUUACGUCUUGUUGGAAAGACUGUUUCCUCUCAAUGAGACACCAAAGCUACCCACUACAAAUACUUGAUGGAAACUGCAAAAAUGUUCUGUCAAGACUCUUUCUACAGCUUCUGCCUCAAGUACAAAGUGAAUCUCGUCUCUCAAAUGAACAACAACCAGAUCAAGUCCCCCCACUCCCCUCCACCAAAACUGGUUUAAAUGGGCAAUUCAUCAUUCGAUCAACUACCAUUGACUGAUAGCUUUCUGUCAUCAUCAUUGGCUUGGAAGCAGUUAUACAUAUAUACCAGAUUGGCUUUAUUGUAUUGUAUUUUAAAGUCAUGUUCUCCUGUUGGUUAAAUCUGAUCGCUGAGACAAGCUUUGUGGAAAAACAGGUGGAGGAGUUACUAAAGUCCAAAGGAAUUUCUCUGGACACUAACAUUGUGGAGAUCUGCAGACAGCUCCCCAGGAGAAGAGACAAACCAGCAAUCCUCUUAAACUUUGUUAAUCAGUAACACAAAGCAGCUUUUUUGAAGCAAGGAAGAAAUCUGAAGGUAACCAACGUUUCCAUGAAUGAGAACUCACUAAAAAGGAAUACCGACAUCGCCAGAAGAGCACGUUAUUUGAAAAAACUGGAGAAAACUUAAGGAACCUGGGUAAAAGACUGCAAAAUGUAUGCCAAACUUUGUGGCUCCCUGAGCAGUCCAAGGUUAUUAUCAAAAGCAUGGACUUGGAAAAAUAUCUACCCUGGUCUAAACAAGAGAUAAGUGAAGAUGCUGGUCUUACGAGGUGAGAAGACGAGGAAACGAAAAACACUUUUUUUAACAGUCACCUGCAACCAAACGACUUACAGAGAUCUGAAUGGUGAGCAAACCGACCUUCAAAUAUUCAGUGAUAAUGCCAACAACGUUCAAGACAUCGACCCUGAUCAAUUCUUUUCCACUGUUAAUAUAGACUGCAAAUAUUACAGCAUUGAUUAAAACUAUUAACCCAGAAGGAAAGCUGUCAAUCAUUCAUAGUAUACCAACUUUGAAAACAUCAAGGCCUAUGUAUAGAAUAUGGAACAUUCCUUUAAUAUUAUAACCAUCUGAAACUUGGUUCAGACGCGACAAGGACGCUGACUUUGAAUUGGAAAACUAUGAACUUAACUAUGUGAACAGAGUAAACAAAAAAGGUGGAGGAGUCGCAAUAUAUGUGAAAAAAAUACAAAGUUUACAGUAAUUGAUAAAUUGUCUGUCGCAGUGGAUGGAAUACUGGAAUGUCUUACAAUUGAAAUAUGUAACAAUUCAGGGAAAAAUUUCAUUAUAAGCUGUGUUUAUAGGUCGCCAGGGUCAAGCUUAGAAGUGUUCAGUGACUGGAUGGAAAAGAUGUUUACCUCUCUA